AUGGGAUUUGCUCUCAGAGCAUUCAAAGCGCUUUCAAACGUCAUAUCGAGACAGCAGUUCGAUACGUUUUUUUCUUCACUGUCGAAUCUCAAAAUUUCAAUCAAAAUGGGUAAUCUGCAUGGUAAAGAUCGAUUGCCAAAAUAUCAUCCUAUUGUCGGUUCUUCGUCGAAGACAAGUCUUGUCGAUGACCCAACUGAUCCUCCGUUCGUUGUGGUCUGGUGUGAUGCAUCGAUCGGCUCAGAUACAAAUGCUAGCGAUGAUGUGAAUACCUUAAUACAAUUGACACGUAUUGUGAAUAGAAAACGGCAGUUGAUCCAUACUUUCAGCGAGUUAGAUGCAUGUCAAGAUUUUAUCUAUCAUGCGAGUAAUGUUUGCUUGAUUGUGUCUGGUCAAAUGGGUACUCAACUUGUUCCAUUAGUUCAUGGUCUUCAUCAAUUACAUUCGGUUUAUAUAUUCUGUUUUAAUAAAUCAAAAUACGAUCAAUGGGCGAAACAAUUCAAUAAAAUUCGUGGAGUUUAUACCGAAAUCGAUGAGAUAUGUGACUAUUUGCGAAAAUAUUUUGCCGCCCAAUCAUCAAUAUCUGACGAAGAACAAUUACAAUUCGACAUUUUCAGGAAAAAUCCUGAUUUAUCUUUGGGUGAUCGGCAAGACGUACCGGUUCUUCAUUCUAUUCUAAUCAAAUUGAUUUUAUCGAAUAUGAAUUUAAUUAAAAUUGAAGAUAUGAUUAGUUACUGUCGAAUUGAAUAUUCGAGUCCACAUCAGCAGCAUUUUAUCAAUGAUUUAGAAAAGGUCUAUACGCAAUAUGAUCCUGUUUGGUGGUAUACACGAGACAGUUUCCUUCAAACUAUUGUUAAUCGUGCUCUACAAAUCAAUGAUCUAUUUACUCUAUGUACGAUGAGUCCGUUCAUACAACAACUUGUCAAGCAACUGACAAAUUUACAUGAAGAACAGAGCAUUUCAAUGUCGAAAGAUUUAGUGUUGUAUUCAUAUCAAUUAUUAUCAUUUGAUGAUUUUGAAAAAAUCAGACUAAACGAAGGAGGACUGAUGUGUAUUAAUCAAUUUACUUCUGCUAACACCGAAAAGGCAAUACCUUUGACAUUUCUGCAAUAUCAAGCACCACCACCACCAGCCGCAACACCAGCCGCAGCAACAGCCACAACGCCAGCAACAACGCCAGCAACAACGCCUGCAACAACGCCUGCAACAACACCAGCAACAGACACCGUUAUCAUCAAUCCCAUUCAGAUCAAUGCAAUCCUCAACAUCACAAUUCCGCAUGAUGCGAAACCGAAUGUUCCGUUUGCGAACAUUGGUGCAGACAGUGAAUUUGUUCAUGAAAAUGACUAUCUCAUAUCCAUGACAAGUAUAUAUCGAAUUGAUAAACUUGAACAGUUUCCGGAAGAUCCUGCGUCUUGGCAUAUCUAUCUGACGUUAAUUGGUGAAAAGGAUGAGCAAUAUACUGAUAUAGUGCAUUACUUAACUUUAACUUAUAAGCUUGAAGAGUCCACUUUACCUGAACUCGCGUCGUCCGUUACACACAAACUGUAUCAAUUCAAAUCAACGCGCAAACUAUUUGAAAAAACCUACUCUUCAAAAAUUCGACAAUUGCGUACGGUUCUGAUGAAUUAUAAUAUGGGUGUGAUUUACGAUUGUAUGAGUGAAUACGGAAAAGCUAUUAGCGAAUAUAAAUACGGUUUAGAAUUCGCCCGACAAACCACACCGGACGGGUUUUCCGUCGAUUAUGCAUGUCUCGCACCGAUAUUUUCGAAUGUGGGAGUAUCUUACGAACGGUUAAAUGUCUUUUCCAAUGCAGUGGAUCAUGGAUUUCGUGCAGUAACUAUUGUAUCGGACAUGGAUGAGAAAACCUGUCCAUUUCGAAAAGAGCUUUUGGCUUCCGCAUACUUUAAUCUUGGAUUAAUUCACGAGUUAGAUAUGAAAUUUCCUCAAGCGAAAAUGUUUUAUGAGCAAGCUUUGAAAUAUCGACGUCAAGUAUUGCCUCCUGAACAUCCCGAUGUAAAAAAUUUACAGCAGACGUUGAGUUUAUUAACAUCUGAAUAA